CCUGGUGAACUUGAAUUCGUCUGUUCGAUAUGAACGCGGCGCACCACGCGGCGUUUGAACCUGGUGAUUUGGCGUCGCGACGGCCGCCCUUUCGCCAGUGCGUCUCAGCGUCUCGAAGGGCGUCAUGUUGUGGAUUUUACGAAGAACGCGCGUCGGCCUUACGUCCGCCGCCUCGCUUUUAAAUGGGAACAACAACGAAAACCGUCCCGCUCAUAAAGGCUAUAAUAAAUUAUCUGCCAAAGAGGACUCGAGAACAUCAGCUGAGGUUCACUCGAACCAGGAUAUCCUGGACAAUGAAUCUGGAAUCGCUGCAAACAAUGGAAACGCUCAGACCAAUGGAAACCCUGGUCUAAUGGACUCGGACAAUGAGUCCACAUUCACCGAUUUGGAUUAUGAGGACGGUGGAUUUUCCGAUGACUCGGACUAUGAAGAAGCCCUCACUUGCAAUGUGUGCGACCGAACAUUCUCAUGCCCCAAACAAUUGUCGGCGCACAAACAGAAGAAGCGACAUUUUGGAUGUUCGGCUUGCGAUUCUCUAUUUCCCUCACUAAUGGCUUUAGAGCACCACAAAGAGGAGUUCGAACAUUGGUCUGACGAUGACGACAUUUGCACCGACGAUUCGGAUGAGGACGAUGACACAGUCAUCAGUGAGGAAUGCGAGCGACUGCUCUAAAUUUCUCUUGCCCAUAUAUUUUACCCUAUCCAAGAGUUUAUUUGUCCAGUAUCUGGAUCAAAUUCGAAGUGCGAAUGGUACAAAGAGGAACAGUAGCUAGAAAGAUACAGUUAUCAAUGAAUAUGUAUUCCUAAAUGUAUGUCCACGUUCCUCAUCCCGAAUAUUCUGUCAUAGAUGUAAGUUGAUUUGCGUACUUUUUGCAAGUUUUUUUUUGGUGAGAAAUCCCCCACUAAGUCGGCUGAUUAGUUUAGACUUUUGAAGCCUAAAUCAGAGUAAAUUGAAGAAAAUUUAAAAUGAAUAGAAGAAAAAUCCUGUGUCAUCUACAUAUCUGAAAUUAGACUAUGUCGCGAAUUCUUUAGAUGAUUGAAAGUUUGGGCUGGUCAAGGGCUUGAAUCUCUCAAGAAUGUGCGCUAAUUUGAAUGAAUAUAAAAAUUAAAUAAAUAAUAAAUGCACAAACACAAAAGCAUGGUUGUGCCGAUCAGAUUUAAACCUACAUCACAUGUCCAAGUAUUGAUUUGACUAAUAUUCAGAAAAUCAAUGAAAAACACUUUUCAAUUUUACGAUAAAACAUAUUUGAACCAUUCCAUGAAAACUGCGAAAUUGUUUGUAUGUUUUUACAUACUUAACAAAAAUAAACAAUACUAACAAAAAUUUGUUGCACUUUAAUAAUAACUAUUUGGGAUUAAUAUCAUUGUGGAAUCAAUGCUUGGAUGUUGGGUUUGGAUUAGAUUAGAAACAUAUGCCAAAUAAAUUAAGAAAACCCUCCUUUAGCCAUGUUUGAUAAGACCUAUGCAUAUCUGUAACUUCUGGACAAGAGAUUGUUUUAUCUAAGUAUAUUUUUUGUACAUUAAUUUAGACUUAGAUUAAGAACCAACGAUUCUCUUUUAUUAGAUACUUUUAUUCGUAAUAAAUUAUAUUUUGAAAACAAA